CGCGCCCUGCAGCCCCGGCGCGCCCGUCACCCGGGCCCCGCCGCCUGGGCAGCCCCAGAGGCAGGCGCCCGGCCGGCCGGGAGGUGGUGCUCGCCUCCCCGCGCCGGGGCCCGCGCGUUGCCCGGCAGCGGCUCCGAGUCUCCGAAGGGGGCGGAGCGGCGAGGCCGGCGUGCGGCUGGCAGCCCCUGUCCGCCGUUCCGGCCCCCGGCCCGCCCCCGCCUUGCCGGCCUCCCUCCGCGCCGGUGCGCGGCGUCCAGUCCCAGCCACAGCUGCAUCGGCCGCCCCUCCCCAGCCCGAGAGCGCGAAGCCGCGAGGCCCGGCAGGGGCGCCGGCCGCGAACGCCGGGGCGCGGCGCCGACGCCGAGGCGCGGCCAUGGAGGGGAAGACCCGCGCCGGGGUCGCGCUGGUCCCGGGGCCGUGCGGCCGCAGGCCUUCCGCCCGCCUCUCCGGUCGCCGCCCGGGGCUGCUGCUUCGCGGCCUCUGGCUGCUGCUGCUGGUCCGGCCGGCCUCGUGCGCCCCAGAUGAGCUCUCUCUGGAACUGCACAAUCUUUCUUUAUACUCCGUGGAGCUCAUGCUGAAGAAAAGCACCAUGCACAGCACUGCACAUGUGGCCUUAACAGAAACUGCUCCAGAGUCCCAGGAAAGCAGUUUUCUCCAUGUCAUAUCAUCUCCAUCUGCCACUACUUUUGAUACAACCUUUUUUAACCAAGAAAAAAUGACCCAAAGUAUAGCAGAUCAUAGCGUCUUUGUGGCAAAUUACGUUUCAGUGAUGGGUAAUGAGGUGGUUAUAGAUGAUGAUGAAAUGGAUAACUUUUUGCCAGAUACUCACUGGACCACUUCACGGAAGCUUUCUCCAGUACAAUGUAUCACAGUCAGCCCACCCAGGUCGCCAAAAGAAACAUUAGAAGCUGUGUUAACUCCAUCACUACCCAUUAUUUCUUUACAAGAUAAAGAAGAAGCAUCAAUCGGGCAAAACUCAGUGCAACAACAAACGACAUAUACUGAAUCCCCCAGUCAUUUCAACACUUUUGGGUCAAGAUUUCCCACUUCCUUGGUCAUGAUUCCAACUCCUCAUAGGAAUUUGGUGCUUUAUCCUACUGACACACAUGGGCGUUUGUCAAGCAGGACUUUGCCAGAGAUUGUGACUUCAGUAACAGAGGAUAUAGAAACACUCCUUUUUAGUUCCCAGUCGUCAGUGCCCCCACAGUUAGGCGAUGACAAUACGCAACAGCCAUUUUUCUCCUCAGGAGAGGUCACGCAGCCUCCAGAGGAUGUUUCGGCAACAAGUACAGACCAAUUCCCUGAUAUGACCCCUGCUUUGAGUCAAAGUCUAAAAGAAACCAUUUCUCCAAGAACAGGCCCUACCUUAAAUAUGUCAAACACAGCCCUUGCUUUCAGUAGCAGCACAGAUUCUGCUUUGUUUUCAACUCCUCUUGCAUUUGUAUCCUUUUCUACUCAAACAGCUGAUGUUUCAUAUAAUCCCUUUCUUCCCAGCAACUCCAGUGCAACAUCAGAACUGCCUGGCAGUUCAGUGGUCCCAAGUCAUGCGGAUGACACUCAUGUCAUGAGCCUGCUGUCUUCAUUCAGACCGUUUACGUGGUGUGCAUCCUGCGGUAUUGCUUCACCACGGCAAGUUCUGUCAACAAGCCUCCUAGAGAAGGAUGUGGGGUCAGGGGAUGGUGCUGAGACCUUGUCCUUUACCAGAUCAGAAGCAAGCAGCAUCACUCCACUGAGCAGCAUAGUAGAGGACUUCUCUGAACUUGAGGAAAAUCCUCAAGAAUUUAAUACACUUUUCCCGUCAAGACCUAUAGUUCCACUUUCUUCUAGAUCUGUGGGAGUCCCAGAAGUGAGCAUUGGUAUUUCAGCCAAGAUGGAGAUGAGUAGUGUUAUGACCACACAAGUUUAUACUUCCCAUGGCCACUCCUCUGUAGCAGGGUCACUGGAUACUGCUCCCUAUAGCUUUUCCUCUGCUGCUGAAACUCAAGUAAUGCCAUCCCAUGUAACAGCUGCGUUUUCCUCCGUCAUGUCCAGUGUUUUCCUUGACUCAUCUUUCUCCAUCAUAGCAAAUAAAAACACACCAUUGCUGACUAUCAGGGACCCGAGUCUUUUUAAGUCUUAUAGUUUGACUCCUUCAGGCGAGUCUUUACUCUACUCUGAUCAAGGACUUGCUAGAUUUUCAGAACACAGAACUGAAAAUACUUUGGAUUUUGCAUCCAGUUUUUUCUCAACUCCACCACUGGAAUUCAGCAGCUUGGUGUCUUCAUCUUCCGACGUGCUUGCUUAUACGUCUACGUCUGUGAUGUCGAGUGAUUUGUCAACAUUCAUUUCUCAGACUUCUUCUACAUUGGCUGACACAUUUGCAUUGUCUGACUCGAUCAAUUUGCAGUCACCUCAGUUUACUGUUCCUAAUACCACAAACCAUGGAUUUUCUCAGCUCUGGCCAAGUUCAGACCUUCUUUUAAAUACAUUCAGUUUUCUACCUAGUUACCCUGAAAUGUCAUCACUGUCAAGUUUCCCCUCUGACUCUCUCAAGUUCUCUGAUGCAUCAACAGUUUCACUGACAGAUUCUGAAGCUCAUUUUACCUCAACUUUCACUGAAACUACCUCCUAUUUUGAAUUUUCACUCAUCUUCCAUGAGUCUACAGUCACCACACUGGUGCCCUCCAGCUCUGAGCAUGUUGUUGAUGUUUUGAUUGAUGGAACUCACUUAACAUCACAGUUGACUGCUUUUCAUAUGACACCCGUUUUACCUGAGUCUUCUCUGUUCUCAACUCCUGUACCUACUGAUGAUAUCAGUACUACAAAUUAUCAUGCAUCUAUCUUAUCCUCUUUCUCCAAAAUCACUCCUACCACUACAGUACUGAUAACUGGUGUGUACCCAUCAUCAGCAUCCUCACUUGUUUCUGAGGUGAUCCGCUCACCUGUACUUUCAGAGCCAAUAUUUAUGGGCCCAUCAUUCGUACCCACAGAUUUACCAGUGAACACCUCCGCCGAACUUAGCACAUCUAAUACCAGCGCUACUACUGUUCAUACUGUUGUCACCACCCCGAGCAACAGAACUGAGAGUCACAAUCCCCAGGAGAGCAACACUGCCCCUCCCCUGCCAUCACUUCAUCCGGGAACCACCUCCACUCCCGAAGCAAUGCUUGAUACUCCAGCACUGAUUACCACCAAGCAGCCAUCUGUGUGUGAUAUUACAGUUCCCGAUGCCUAUUUGAUCACAGCUGUGCUGGCCAGAAGAGCUGUGCAGGAGUACAUCAUUACAUCCAUCAAAGAAGUGCUUAGGAUUCACUUCAACCGUGCAGUGGAUCUGAAGGUUUAUGAGAUAUUCCCGGACUUCACUUUUCUGGUUACUUCUGGUCCUUUCAUUUAUACGGCAAUAUCAGUUAUAAAUGUUCUAAUAAAUAGUAAACUUGUACGUGACCAAACUCCUUUAAUCAUCUCUGUGAAACCUUCCUUCUUUGUCCCAGAUUCCAGGUUCCAAGUUCAAACAGUACUUCAGUUUGUGCCUCAGAGUGUGGAUACUGGUUUCUGCAACUUCACCCAGCGCAUUGAGAAAGGCCUGAUGAUAGCGCUCUCUGAAGUGAGAAAACACCACCAGGGGACAUUUAAUCUCACAGUGCAGAUCUUGAAUAUCACCAUGGGUUCCUCAAGGCUGGCUCCUCGGCGGGGCCCGGUGAAUAUUAUCUUUGCUGUUAAAAGCCAGCAGGGAUUUUUGAAUGGGUCAGAAGUGAGCGAGCUGCUCAGGAACCUGAGCAUGGUGGAGUUCAGUUUCUAUCUGGGAUACCCGGUGCUGCAGAUUGCUGAGCCCUUUCAGUACCCACAGCUCAACUUAUCUCAGUUGUUGAAGUCUUCUUGGGUAAGAACAGUCCUCCUGGGUGUCUUUGAGAAGCAGCUUCAGAAUGAAGUGUUUCAAGCUGAAAUGGAGCGCAAGCUGGCCCAGCUGCUCAGUGAGGUUCUGACCAGGACGCGGAUGUGGAAAAGGGCCACCGUCGCAGCUGGGAACAGAGUGGUGCAGGUGGUAAAUGUGUCGAGGCUAGAGGGAGAUGACAAUCCAGUGCAACUCAUCUACUUUGUGGAGGAUCAAGAUGGAGAAAGACUCAGUGCAGUGAAGUCUUCAGACCUGAUUAACAAGAUAGAUAUCCAGCGAGCAGCCAUUAUCUUGGGUUACCGAAUUCAAGGCACUAUUGCCCAACCUGUGGACAGAGUGAUGAGGCCGUCUGCAGAGUCCCAUAGCAACAAUCUCUGGGUCAUUGUUGGCGUGGUCAUUCCAGUACUGGUGGUGAUGGUGAUCAUAGUCAUCCUCUACUGGAAACUCUGCCGCACGGACAAGCUGGACUUUCAGCCUGACACUGUGGCCAACAUUCAGCAGCGUCAAAAGUUGCAGAUCCCUAGUGUGAAGGGCUUCGAUUUUGCUAAGCAGCAUCUGGGUCAGCACAAUAAAGAUGACAUACUGAUUAUUCAUGAGCCAGCACCACUACCAGGACCUGUGAAGGACCAUACCACCCCCUCUGAAAACGGAGACGUGCCAAGCCCCAAGUCAAAGAUCCCUUCCAAGAACAUCCGUCACAGGGGAAGAGUUUCUCCCUCAGAUGCUGACUCGACAGUAAGUGAAGAGUCCAGUGAGAGAGAGGCAGGAGACAAGACGUCAGGAGCUGUCAAUGAUGGCAAGCCCCACAAAGCCCCACGGAGUGUGCCCCCACCACCCAGUUCAGGGAAGGAGCAGCACUCCUCGGCCUCCAUCUUUGAGCACGUGGACAGAAUUUCCCGCUCCUCGGAGGCCAGUCGGCGGGUCCCCAGUAAGAUCCAGUUGAUUGCCAUGCAGCCUAUCCCAGCACCUCCAGUUCAGCAUCCCAUACUGGCUGACCGAGUGGCAGAAACCAACAAAAUUAACAAAGAGAUUCAGACUGCGCUGCGGCAUAAGUCAGAGAUCGAACAUCACCGAAACAAGAUCCGGCUCCGCGCCAAGCGCCGCGGCCACUACGAGUUCCCAGUGGUGGACGACCUGUCCUCGGGCGACACCAAAGAGCGUCACCGGGUGUACCGCCGGGCGCAGAUGCAGAUUGACAAGAUCCUGGACCCCACGGCCAGCGUGCCCACCGUGUUCAUCGAGCCCAGGAAGAGCUCACGGUUAAAACGAUCUCCUAAGCCACGCCGGAAACACCAGGUCAAUGGCUGCCCUGCUGAUGCUGAGAAGGACAGACUGAUUACCACAGACAGUGACGGCACCUACAAAAGGCCUCCCGGUGUCCACAACUCUGCCUAUAUCGGAUGCCCAUCUGAUCCUGACCUCCCGGCAGAUGUGCAGACCCCAUCCUCGGCUGAGCUGGGAAGAUAUCCAGGCUUGCCCUUCCCGGCCUCUCAGUACAUUCCACCCCAGCCAUCCAUCGAGGAGGCACGCCAAACCAUGCAUUCCCUCCUGGACGACGCCUUUGCCCUCGUGGCUCCCAGCACCCAGCCAGCUGUGAGUGCAGGCCCUGGGGUCCCAGCCGGCCUGCCUGUGAACAGCACCCCUUCCCGGGAAGAGAGACGAGCCACACAGUGGGGGUCCUUCUGCAGCCCGGCUCAGACGGCCAACAACCCAUGCAGUAGAUAUGAGGACUAUGGACUGACUCCCCCAUCAGGCCCAUUGCCAAGACCAAGUUUUGGCCCUGGUUUGCUGCAGUCUUCGGAACUGGUGCCAACCCAGUCCCAGCAGCCACAGGCAUCGGCCGAAGCUCCGUUUGCUGCCAGAGGGAUCUAUUCUGAGGAGAUGCCUUCAGUGGCCCGGCCUCGGCCUGUCGGGGGCACCACAGGCUCCCAGGUCCAGCAGCUUACGCAGGUGGGAAUUGCCAGCAGAAUUGGCGCUCAGCCAGUGGAGGUCCCAGCCAGCAGAGGCGGCCAGUACGGGGGACCCGGAUGGCCUUCGUACGGGGAGGAUGAAGCAGGGCGAAGAGAAGCCACACACAUGCUUGGACAUCAAGAGUAUUCUUCACCGCUAUUCCAGGUGCCAAGGACUUCAGGCAGGGAGCCCUCAGCUCCCCCCGGCAACCUCCACCACAGGGGUCUGCAGGGCCCGAGCCUGGGCUACCCCACCAGCUCCACCGAAGACCUGCAGCCUGGCCACUCCUCAGCCUCUCUCAUCAAAGCAAUCCGAGAGGAGCUCCUCCGGCUCUCCCAGAAACAGACGGCUGUGCAGAACUUCCACAGCUGAUCGUCCUCUCCUCGCACAUUUGCCAAGUAUCUGCUUCCUGUGGAAGCAAGACCAAAGGGAAGUCAACCGAGUGCUCGUUUGUAAGCAGAAUAAACAUCUUCUGUGCAAGGCAUCAAUGUGAGGGAAAAAGUUGCAGUUUCUGAAGAUGCCAUAGGUCGAAUAACAGCUCAUGCUACUUUUAAUAUGUUGGUGAUUUUUUGACCACUUGGGUCCAGUCGAAAUUAAUGUACUUUUGGCCGGAAGCCAACAGCACUUCAUGAAGGACAAAAUACAAACCUAAGCUAACAAAAUAAAAAGUUAGUCUCCUUUGUAAAGGCAAAAGAUUAAAAUUUGUAGAUGGUGUCGGGAUUAAAGGAUUCAAGCGUUUUUCAUGGGAAGAUGUAAUCCAGACUGAUUUGUAUGAUGAACCUGCUGCUUUGUUUUCUAAGAAAAGAGAUUUGAAGACAUUUUAUUAACAGUUUGUUUCCCCCAUUCCUCCAUAGGAACUUAUUUUAAUAGUGAUAUUAACACCGAGAAUAAUAAGACUGUUUGGGAAUUUUACAAAAAGCUACUAGUGAGAAACCAAAAUGAUAGGUUGUCAGAGCCUGAUGAUUCCAAACGAAGCCAUCAUCCGCAUUCUUCCUUCUAUUUCUUCUGGUGCUACAGCUCCAAGGGCCCUUUCACCUUUAAGUCUGUGAAAUGAAACUUCAGCUUUUUCAUUGGAAGAAUAUGUUGAAGGUUUCAUUUUGUUCUAGGAGAAAAAAAAAAACCUCCCAAAUGGGGAGGAGUGGGAGGUGGGGGGAGCUUGGUAUUUAUUUGGUUACUCAAAAUACAUAUCAAAGUUUAGAUUUGCAUUCUUAACUGUAUUUGCUGUUUAUUAAUUGGCCAUGUACGACUACAGAUAACAUCCAUUUCGGCACAUAUCAUCAUGAAGGCCAGUGCUAGAGGGUGAGGCUUUCGAGAGGCCCCAACCAAUCCUUGCACUUUAUGAUGAGUUGCUCACAGAUUGUUUCAGUGAGAAAUCUUAUGUAAGCAAAAUUUACUUGUAAAAAUUCCAAUUGCUGUUCAUGAAUGCGUCAGUAGUUAUCACAUUCCGUGUGUUCAAGACCUGGAAAUGAAACUGAGUUCAGUUCAGCCUUUCUGUUGUGAAUCAAGAAAUGUAAGGAAGAGCUUUGAGACCUGAGGGAAAGGAACAGUCCUAAGUUCUGCUCCUAAUUUCUGAUUUUACUGUGUGAUUAUUCUGUUGAAUGACUGUUAAAGUUAUUGCAUGCACUUUGGGCUAAAAGAGGAGGAUCAUUUCAUUUGAGAUUUGCUCCCAAAGUGAAUGUUUCCCCACUUCCCACAUUAUAAUAGGGAAUUUGAUGACAAAGGCCAUUCUGUUUCCUGGUACCUGAGUGAAACUUAGAAUAACCAUCUCAGGUAACAGAUUUCUACUAUGAAUCCUUCUUUAUUAGAUCACCUAAUACUUUUAAUUAAACAAAAGAUAAACAAACUGACAGGAUUAGGGGCUCUAACUAAGGAAAACUUGUGUAUCUGUGUCAAGUUUUAAGAACCCUGAAACAGCCUGAAAGGUUUCCAGAGUGUAAUCAUUGAUUUCCACACUCAUAUUUCAGCAGUUUCUUAGUGGAGACUAUUUAACAGACUGAUAGACUAAAACAAUACAGGGAAAGCUAAUUCUGGAAAAUUUAAAUGUAGCAUUUAAAAAAAUCUGUACAUCCCUAAAAGAGAAGGGGUACAGGAUAAUAAAUCUCUUAAAAAUGUUAAAUAUAGGAAUGGAAACUCCUGUUCAGUUCAUCCUCAGUGGCUCCAAAGAGGAUGAGAAAAGACCCCCUUCUGGAGUUGAUUUCUUGCCUCUCAGCCUUGAUUCGAUGUCAGGCUUUCCCCAAAGUCGAGGAUGCUGUUUGCACGUCUCUCAGAAGAUACCAGGUUUCCUAUAAGUUAUUAAGAAUUUCGGAAAUCCAAGCAGGAUUUUAUUAUGAAUAUCUUGUGGUACAUUCAAAUUGUGUGACAGCAAAUGGAAUAAAUGCAGGCUCCCUCUUCUCCCCGUUCUGCCUCGUUGCAUAACUGUCUGCACGUAUAGCGUACCAAAAACGGUUACCUCCUUUGUACACUGCAGAAAUGGGCCUCUGUUUUAAAGAGGGUUGAAUGAAACGGCAAUUUUGAUGCCUUUCAAACUAGCAUAAAGGGAUUCUACCUGUAUUUUUAUUGUGAAGACUGAUACACUUUUAAAAAAGAAGUCAGGACCAAAGAUGACAUGAAACAACCAACCAGUGGCUUAUGGAAUGGUGGGAGCAGGCCAGCUGGAUCUCCCCACUGCUAGUACUGGUUAUAAAGCACACUCAGCUUGCAAUUUAUUCCCUCUAAACAUCCUGCUGCAGCAGUUUCACAAAUCACCAAACUCAGAAAAAAAUGGCUGGAGUGGAUAAUACCACUUAAAAAUGUCUUCAGAAAUGAAAUUAAUGUCAUCUACUUUUAAAAAAAAAGGAUCCUCC